CCUGGCUGGAGGAAAACGAACCCCCAAGUAAUGUGACUGAAAUGAAUUGCAUAUGACUCUAUACCAGAGGGAUUCAGCGUCUUUAAAUAAUAUUUCCUUCAUAUUCAUUCAUAUUCAUAUUUUUUUGCUAAAACACAGUCUAAUAGUGUAGAAAACUAUGGGUACAGUUGAAAACAUUACCAAAGCUGCAAGCUUUAUGAAGGUAUCUCCUGGUAAAAUUAGAUAUAACUCUGAAAAGAUCAUUACUCGAUACGUUCCUAAAACAAAUGAGAGCAUUUCGGGAUAUUCUUCGAUUUUACAGUCAUUGGCACGGGAAAGCAAGAAUGAGUUAAUUCGUGAUAUAUACAAGGAUAUUGAGACUGAGUUACAAGUUGUGCAAUGGAUAGAUUAUUCUGUUCUCUUUGUUUCACCGGCAGCGAAAGAUAAGCACGUUUUAAAGGCGCUCCUAGAGGAACUCAAUAGCUACCUUGAGACUCGUUCCUAUUUGGUAAAUCACGCCCUUAGUCUUGCCGAUGUAGUACUAUUCUAUGCUAUCCAAAACACACUGGUUAACUUGCAGCCUUUGGACAAAGAACACUACCUCAAUAUUUCCCGCUGGUUCAAUCAUCUGCAGCAACAAAAGGCAAUUAGGCAGGACGAAGAUAUGAUAAAUUUUUCCACAUUGCUGCUGCUGGGGUGGGCAAUGGGAACCCACGUUUAAGUGAAUUAUGAUGCUUUCUAGGUCUACUAGUAAAAUAUAAUAAUUAUGAGUUUUAAUCCGGAUGCGUUUUACACCAAAAAAUAGGUUUAACAGUAGGUGAAAGAACAAUAGUGAGACUAGCUCAGCUAUUCUCAACUUGGGUUCCAGCCUAGGGGCAGAUCACUUGUGAUGCAUUUUUAAAAAUCAGCGAAAUUAAAUGCAUUUAUUUCCAUCAAAAUAGAAAUUCAUAACGUAUUUUGCGUUGCGUGCAAUGUUUUUGCGUUGCGUGCAAUAUUGUUUGCGUUGCGUGUAAGACGUCAAAACCCUACAGAAAAGCUAGCCCUACAUCACAAAGUGGAUCAGCGUAGGACGUUUGUUAAACAAACUUUUCUGCGAGGCAGUGCAAAGCUGAUGCAAAAAUGGAUUUUUUUCAAUUUGAUGCAAAUUUGUUAUACAUUCUUAGAGUGAUCUGCCCCUAGGAUCCAGCCCAUUGCUCGUAAAGUAAUUGCUGUACAUGGAAUAAAAUAUAUUUUAUGACAUUAAA